AUGUCACAAGGACAGAUUCAGAAUGAUCACCAUUUUCUUCUAGAUAUAAAAGAUAUGAAUCAUACGUAUAUUCAGCUAACCAGUCACAGUGCCGAUACACACUUUCGUGAAAUAAGGCUAGCUUUUGUUCUUUCUGAUUCGUAUGCCUUUUAUAUCGCUUCAAACAAUCUUAUUUUCCUUUCAGAUUUAAUUACCGAUAUCACCAUAGUCCGUGAUCCUUGGCAUGGUCGAUCAGACAGUCGUAAACGUGGACGAAAUUCAAAAUCCACUAAGGAGUCAGUUCCCAAAAGAUCUAGAUCUUCAGUUUAUCGACCUGAAGAUGAAGAUUCCACAAUGUCAGGCUCUAUAGAUUUUGAUAAUAAAUCAAAUGAGGAUCUCUAUGGCAAUGUAAGUGAUGAUUGUAAUGUGAAGAAAGCUACUGGGAGUAGACUCUACUCAGAGAUUAAUGAUGAUGACGCUCUGAAUGAUGGUGAUAAAGACAAUGCUGAUGAUACUGAUGUAGAUGAGUAUGAAUCAGGUGUAAUAGAUGCAGAUGAACUGCGUGUAGCAUCAAGAGCACAAAAGGUAAAAGUACGUCAAGAGUAUGGUUCUACAGUUAAUUAUAAAUCUACCAAUGCUUCAGUUGUGUGUACACCAAAAGAUGAAUUCGGUGCGAAAGAUAUGCGAAAUAUAUUGAAACUACGCUUAGAUCAUCCAUGUCGUCCAUUAUGGAUUGGUCCUGAUGGACACAUAUUUCUUGAAGCAUUUAGUCCAUUGGCUCGUCAAGCACAAGACUUUUUAAUUGCUAUUUCGGAACCAGUCUGUCGACCGUUACAUAUCCAUGAAUAUAAACUUACUUCUUACUCAUUGUAUGCAGCUGUUUCAGUUGGUUUACGCACUGGUGAAAUAAUCGGUUGUCUACGUCGUUUAUGUAAAACUGACCUACCAGAGGGUAUUAUCGCCUACAUUCGUAGUUGUACACUAUCGUAUGGGAAAGCGAAAUUAGUCUUGAAAGGUGGUCGAUACUUUGUCGAAAGUCCACAUCGUCAAUUUUUACAACAACUAGCAAAUGAUAAAGUUGUACAACAGUGUUUAGUUAAAACAAAGAUGAUUGAAGAUACUGAUGACCUGAAGAAACCACAACGAGAAGUUGAAAUUGUAAAGCUCUACAAUGCAGCAUCAUUAGUCAUACAACAACAACAACAAAUCCAAAGUGGUAAAGAUGCUAACAGUGAAAAGGAUCGUGGUAUUCAGGAUAAAAUGCUACGUCUCUACGCUCGAAUCGAUGAAGAUGAAGAAGUUGAAGAAAUCCAGGGGUCAAAUACUGGUGCUACAGGGAAAUCAGAUAACAAUUUUUUAGAACAACCUAGUGAUAAUGUAAACAUCAAUGCCAUUGGCAUUGAAUCAGAUGUUGCUGAUCGUGAAGGUGAGGUGAUCGAUAUAAAAAAUACUGAUGACAGUCAUGUUGACGGUAGUAUAAAAUUGGUGCUAGACUCAACUAUUCCACUGAUCAAAAAACGCCGAUUGUUCUCGCCUUGGAGAUGUAUUGAACUAGAAGUACCACUGUUGGCUGAAUAUGAUUUUCGUCUAGAUCGUGUAAAUAAAGAUAUUUUGAUUGAUUUGAAAGCAAGCACAACACUUAGACCAUAUCAAGAAAAAAGUCUCCGUAAAAUGUUUGGUAAUGGUCGUGCUCGGUCUGGUGUGAUUGUCCUACCUUGUGGGGCUGGAAAAACACUGGUUGGUGUUACUGCUGCCUGUACAAUAAGAAAGCCAACAUUUGUUCUGUGUACUAGUGGAGUUGCUGUGGAACAGUGGCGAGCGCAAUUUAAAUUAUGGUCUACUAUAGAAGAUGGUCAAAUAAUGCGUUUCACUAGUGAUGCCAAAGAUCGUCCGAAUUUGAGUUCAUACAUAUGCAUAAGCACGUAUAGUAUGAUUGCACAUUCAACAAAACGUUCUUAUGAAGCUGAUCGUAUGAUGAAUUGGAUCAAGACUCAAGAAUGGGGUCUUAUGAUUCUGGAUGAAGUCCAUACGAUUCCAGCUAAAAUGUUUCGUCGUGUAUUAACUCUGGUACAAGCCCAUUGUAAACUUGGUUUAACAGCAACUUUGUUAUAUGAAGCCAAUUGGUUAGAAUUACAACAACGUGGUUUUAUUGCACGCGUCCAAAUUUUAUCGAGAGUAUUUAAAUAUGAAAAGUAUGAAAAGUUAUUAUUGGCUGUAAUGAAUCCGAAUAAAUUUCGUGCUUGUGAAUAUCUCAUCCGAUAUCAUGAACGCAGAAAUGAUAAGAUUAUUGUAUUCGCUGACAAUGUCUUCGCUUUGAAAUACUAUGCUACGAAAAUGGGACGACCAUUUUUAUACGGUCCAACUGGUCAAGCUGAACGUAUGCAAAUAUUACAAAAUUUUCAACAUAAUCCAAAUGUCCCAGCAAUAUUCGUCUCUAAAGUUGCUGAUAAUUCUUUUGACCUGCCUGAAGCAACAGUACUUAUUCAAAUCAGUGCACACGGAGGAAGUCGUCGUCAAGAAGCUCAACGCUUGGGUCGUAUCUUGAGAGCAAAACGAGGCAUGGACGCUGAAGCCUACAAUGCAUUCUUUUACUCUUUAGUGUCUCAAGACACCAUGGAAAUGCAAUAUGCUUUAAACGUCAACGUUUCUUAG